AUGUCCACCCAAAAGCCGAGUGUCGAAGAGCGGGAUCUCUCUAAUGCAGAGAGUAAUCGACACUUUGAACGAGAAUGGCGUGAUGAGAAGUGGCAGAGUCGGCAGCUGAGCCAGGCUGCCGCGGACCGAGCCCAUGUCGAACACGCCCUUACUCCUGGCCAAGCUAUCAGAGCCUACCCUAUGGCCAUCUUCUGGCGCCUUGCCGUCAGCAUGUGUGUCAUCAUGGAGGGCUAUGACACAAUCUUGAUUGGCAACUUCUUUGCCUUCCCGUCUUUUCAACGCCAAUACGGCGAAUUUGUUGGAGUUACAGAUCAGACGAGAUCAGGAUAUCAACUCACUCCUGCAUGGAUGGCUGGGCUCGGCAACGCAUCUGGAGUUGGGGCCUUUUUCGGAACUCUUCUCUGUGGUUAUCUCGUAGCUCUCUUUGGCCAAAAGCGGGUUAUUCUUGGAUCCUUAAUCCUUCUUUCCUGCACCAUCUUCCUCACGUUCUUCGCAUCAAACAUCAAAAUUCUCAUCGUGGGUCAGAUUCUCUGUGGGUUUCCAUGGGGAGCAUUGGCCACGAUUGCACCUUCAUACGCAUCAGAAUGUCUUCCACUGGCUUUACGAGUAUAUUUCACAAGUUGGACAAACAUGUGCUUCAUUAUCGGGCAACUCAUCGCAGCUGGCGUCCUGAGAGCUUGCUUAGAGCGGGACGAUCAGUGGGGUUUCCGCAUUCCAUUCGCCAUUCAAUGGGUGUGGCCAGCCUUCUUGAUCCCUUUGCUGUCAUUCGCUCCUGAGUCACCUUGGCAUCUUGUCCGCCAACACCGACUCGAGGAGGCUGAGAAGUCUCUCCGCCGUCUUCAGCGCGCAUCGGCAAACAUCGACGUGAAGGAGACCCUCGCAUCCAUCGUCUACACGAACAAUCUUGAAGAAGAACUCUCUGUUGGCACCAGCUACUUUGAUUGCUUCUCUGGGUUCGAGCGUCGACGCACAGAAAUUGCAUGCAUAUGCUUCGCGGGCCAAGUUUUAUCCGGUUCCUCCUUCGCUUACAAUGCCUCGUACUUCUUCGAACAAGUCGGUCUUGCCACGGAAACCACUUAUUCGCUGAACCUUGGUGGCACAGGGCUGGCACUUUUCGGAACCCUGGUGAACUGGUUCUGCUUGAUGCCAUAUUUCGGACGCCGCACCAUCUACGUGAUUGGCAUGUUUGCUAUGGCCAUGACUCUUUAUCUGAUCGGUGUGCUCAAUGUCUGGACCAAUCAGCAGCCUGUUGCCAUGUCCCAAGCAGUCCUAACUCUAGUUUGGACUUUCCUAUUCCAACUCAGCGCCGGCCAGCUCGGAUGGGCACUCCCAGCAGAGGUGGGAUCUACACGCCUGAGACAAAAGACAAUCUGCCUUGCCCGUAACGCAUAUUAUAUCGUGAGCGUGAUCUCGGGUGUUCUCCAACCAUACUUCAUGAACCCCAAGGCAUGGAACCUCCGCGGAUACACUGGAUUUGUGUGGGGAACGACCGCCCUUCUGACAUUCAUCUGGGCGUACUUCCGCCUCCCUGAGACGAGGAACCGCACCUUCGAACAGCUGGACAUUCUUUUCGCCAAGGAGGUGCCCGCGAGACAAUUCUCAAAGACCAACGUCAACGCCUUUGACAAAUCCACCACCAGUGGUCUAGCGAUCCGCUACAGCAUCACUACCAUGGACCAGAGACGGCCCAGUUUGGUGCCGAGCAUCACUCGCGCCAUCGCGGCUAAGACAGGCCUGGACGUUGCAUACUGCAGUCAGCGCAACAGUGUUGAAAUUGGAGCCGCUGGCGGGAGUAGGAGGCCGAGCAUUGCUGCAGAUGUCACGACAUAUGUGAACCGGGAUCACCAUCAGGGAUAG